GCAAUCAAUCACUCAAUCACUGCAAGCAUUGCGUUGUCUUUCAAGGCGUGUGUCGUAAGUGUCGGUCAUUACCAGCGAAACAGUGAAACACGAGUGACCGCUAUGUCUGUAAACCAAUUGACUCAAGAGUUCGAAUACGCGGACGAAUGUCUUCAACACCUCUUAGACACCGAACACAAGAGACCCGACUUUCACCUCAAGUCACCGCAAUUGGACGCGCGGCCGGAUCUGAUGCAACGGAUCCAAGUGUUAUGUCUUUGUCUCAAACUGUCAACGCGUGUCAAAUAUCUGUCGAUUUAUAUAAUGGACUUCUUUAUGGAUAAUCACGUGAUAUGUGAGGAUAAGCUGGAACUGGUCCUCAUGUGUAGUCUCUCGAUAGCAGUGAAAGUGGAGGAAUGCGACCGUACAGUGAAGUACAGCCAAAUGUUUUCGGAGACCAAUCAAUACAGUAGUGAAGAAGUGCUGGAAAUGGAGGAAUUGAUAAUCAAUCACUUCGAGUGGCAAUUCCUGACCCCAACGCCCGCCACUUAUAUCGACUACUUUUGCGCCAAAUGUUUGCCUGAAAUCGACUCAAAGAAGUUAAACAAAUCGUUGAUUGAGAAAUAUAUGGACAAAUCAAUUGAUCUGCGGUUCUAUGCGUUCAGGCCAUCAGUGAUCGCCGCCUCCACCAUAUAUUACACGCGAGAGAAACACCAUUUGACACCUGUUUGGCCCAAAAACGCUCAAAAUAUCACUAAAUACUCGUUGACUGAUCUGAAAGAUUGUAUCCAUGAAUUAAAAAAGUAUGAUUUUCUGACCACACCGUCCAAGCGAUUCAUUAAUAUUGGGAAACAACUCAAUGAUUCUGGUUUUGUAGACUAUGACAACAAAACUAUCAUUUCUUAA